UGGUGAGUGCGUCGGCAUACCGUCAACAGUCCAGCACCGGAACCCGACACGAACGCCGGAGAAGAACGAGUAGAACGACCAGCGGAAUCAAAUAAACAAGGAGCCAAAAAGGACGAAAAACGUUAACCGGCCGACAAGAUGACUCUCGUACAGCCUACCGUGGAGAUGCAACAGCACAUCCGCACCGAAUUGAAUGAAGACGUAUCCACUCGGGACAAGGAUCUGGAACACAUCAAAGAAUGGUUACGUAUGCAACCGCACUUACCUCAGUUUCACGAUGACGCUCGCAUCAUGACGUUCCUGCGGGGAUGUAAAUUCUCUUUGGAAAAGACUAAGAGGAAGUUGGACAUGUACUUCACGAUGAGAGCAGCUGUACCGGAGUUUUUCAGCAACCGGGACCCAACGCUGCCGGAAAUCAAAGAAGUGAUGAGAGUCGCGAACGUGCCGCCACUUCCAGGUCUGACACCGAGCGGCCGCCGUGUGGUCAUGAUGCGCGGUGUGGAUUUGGAGCACAUCGCCGCGACCGUGGCAGACGGCAUGAAAGUAGUGCUAAUGAUCGGUGACAUAAGGUUGAAGGAGGAGAACGUCGGCGUGGCCGGAGACGUGUAUAUUUUGGACGCCAGCGUGGCAACUCCUCAAAACUUCGCCAAUCACUUUGCCAAGUUCACGCCGUCCUUGAUCAAAAAGUUCCUCAUUUGCGUACAGGAAGCGUACCCGGUAAAAUUGAAGGAAGUUCACGUCAUUAACGUGUCGCCACUCGUCGACACCAUAAUCAACUUCGUGAAACCUUUCCUUAAAGAGAAAAUUCGUAACAGGAUCCACGUGCAUUCAUCGAUGGAUUCGUUAAACGAAUUUGUUCCUAAAGAUAUGCUUCCGGAAGAGUACGGAGGCAAAGCUGGACCUAUAGCCGAAAUUAACCGCCAGUGGUACGAGAAAAUGGUCACUUACAAGGAUUGGUUCCAGGAACAGGAAAAGAUCAAAGCUGACGAGUCCAGGCGUCCUGGAAAGCCCAAGACGCAAGACGAUCUGUUCGGAAUGGAAGGAUCCUUCAAACAGCUGUCUAUCGAUUGAACACAUCGCACGCACGAGCAUGAUAAUAUACUUACACACAUUUUAAAUUUGUUCAAUAAAACGCGCGAAAACUUCACACAAACCGGGUGGUAGCCUAGACACGUAUUUUUUAAUUAAAUUUUUUUCCGUAUACAUUCACAUAUCGCCAGUUUGGACUGCACAUUUAUCGCGCUGUUUCGUGGAUUCUCAUACGUGAAUUGGCAUUUGUUUUUAUUUGUGCGACGUAUAAUUUUACAUCCAUAUACGUGUGCGCUUCUAUAAAAAUAUGUUUGUUUUUCUUAUUCUCGCUUUAUGAUUAAUAUACUACGGUGUAUGUACAUAAUAUUAAAAACUGAUACCUAUUGUACGGCGAUAUACAAAAUAAUGCAAUUAUCUCUUGUUGUUAAGCAUGGACGUCAUGAUUUCAUUUUUGUUAUUAUUUUUUAUAAUUUCUUAUUUUUAAACUAAUUAUCAUCAUUGUGUACUCGAUUUGAUAUAAGGAAAUAAUAUGUUAUCUAUAGUUUUAUAACAAUAUUUUUUACAUCA